AUGUCUUCACACCAGAGACUUUGGAAACACAAUCCGGUUCUCCCUCAAGAUCCUUAUGAGAGAUCCAAGGCUCGAUUCUUGGGUAAACUCGUCGAUGAGAAGAUUAACGGUAACGGUUAUGUAUCAACGGUGAAACAAGACGAGAAAGGAUAUGAUGUUGUGAUUGUACAGACAAGAGACCUGAUUACGCAUCUGGAGAAGGAGCUUGCCGGAAAAAAUUACUUCGGAGUCGGAGGUAAGAGUUUCGCAUUCGGUGAUAUAGUCAUCGGAAGUUUGAUUCCGUUCUGUGCGGAAAGAGCUUGGGAAGCAAUGGGAUUGGAAGUGGUUCCAGAGCACAAGUUCCCAGAAUACACCAGAUGGGUCAAGAAUCUGGAGAAGGUUGAGUUUAUUAAGGAUUGUAUUCCUCCAAGAGAGAAACAUGUUGAGCACAUGAAAUUUAUGGGAGGGAGAAUCGGAUCGGGACACCCAAACUUUAUGUGA